CAAUAUAUUAUAAAUUAUAUAUAUAUGAUCGUUUUAAGUAAAUAUUGUGUUCUAUUUUUUUUUUUAGUUAUAAUCAACAAUGUAAUUCAUUUGAAAAAAAAGGAAAUAUGAUUUAUUUUUAUCAAUAAUUAAUAUACUCCUUAUAAGGAGUUUAAUAUUAUUUUUAUAAUGAAUAUAUCAAAUUAUUACGAUGAGCAAAAAAAUUCAAGAUCAUAUCAAGAAUUGGAAGAAUUUCAUGGGCCUGAUUUAAAUUCAACUCUUUCUACACGUGAAUUUAAUAAUGAUGAUAUGCAUAGAUCAUUGGAACUUAAUUCAGCAGUUAUUGUAUCAGAUGAUACAUUUACAGUUGGACAAGCAAUUAAUACACUUGGAUUUGGAAGUUUUCAAGUAAAAUUAUCAUUAAUCACAGGACUUUGUUGGAUGGCUGAUAGUAUGGAAAUUACAAUUCUCAGUAUUUUAAGUCCAAUUUUACAUUGUGAUUGGAAAAUAACGAGAUAUGAACAAGCUCUUAUAACAACAGUAGUUUUUUUGGGUAUGGUUCUUAGUUCAACAUUUUGGAGUAAUUUAAGUGAUAGAUAUGGUCGUAAAAAAACAUUAACACUUUGUGGAUUAUUAUUAUUUUAUUAUGGAUUUCUCAGUUCAUUUGCUCCAAAUUUUUUAUGGAUUCUUCUAUUGAGAGGAUUAGUUGGUUUUGCCAUUGGAUGUGUUCCACAGUCUGUAACAUUGUAUGCAGAAUUUCUACCUUCUGAUCAGAGAGCAAAAUGUGUUGUUUUAUUGGAUUGUUUUUGGGCGUUAGGAGCAUGCUUUGGAAUAGUUUUAGCAUUAAUUGUAAUGCCAAAUUUUGGAUGGCGUUGGCUUCUUGGAAUAUCAACAAUUCCUUUAUUUCUUUUUUCUCUUUUCACUCCAUGGCUUCCAGAAUCAGUUUAUUUUGAUUUACUCAUUGGUAAAAUAGAUAAUGCAUUGUGUACAUUAAAACGAGUUGCUCGAGAAAAUAAUAAACCAAUGCCAAUUGGUAGACUUGUUUUGGAUCGUGUUCAAACAAAUAGCAGAAAUAAAUGGUCCGAAUUGCUUAGUAGACAAAUGUAUAAAACAACAAUUUUACUUUGGAUUGUUUGGAUGGCAAGUGCAUUUUGUUAUUAUGGCAUUGUAUUAAUAACAACAGAAUUACUUAAUACAAAUUCAGAUCGUUGCAAUAUUAGAGAAAAAAAUGAAAAUUGUCAAACAAAUUGUAAUUUAUCUGGAAGUGAUUAUAUUGAUAUAUUAUGGACAACAUUGGCUGAAUUUCCUGGGAUAUUUUCAACAAUAUUUUUAAUUGAAAAAAUAGGCAAAAAAUUAACAAUGGUUAUUCAAUUAUUAUUAUUUGCAAUUGUUGUUUAUUUUUUAAGUAGAGCAUGUUUACUUAGUCGAUUUGUUUUAACUGUGGGACUUUUUUUAAGUAGAGGUUUAAUUGCCGGUGUUUUUCAAGCGGCAUAUGUUUAUACACCAGAAAUGUAUCCAAAUUAUUUACGUGAUAGAGGUGUUAGUACCUGUACAGCAAUGGCUCGUUUUGGUGCAAUGAUUACUCCUUAUGUAGCAAUUAUUUUUAUACAAUCGUCAUCAUUAAUUGCAAUGUCACUAUAUUGUUUGACAGCUAUUUCAGCAGCUAUUGCAAUUAUCGCAUUGCCUCGUUGAUUAUAAUAGAAUUAUCAAACUUUAUUAAAUUACUAUUAACAUAGAAUAUAAAAUUUGUAAACAAUUUUGUUAUUUAAGUAAUUUUCAAAAUAAAUAAAGUAGCGCCACUAA